AUGCCCCCAAAGUCCGGAGUGGCUGACGAUCCGCGUGAUCCGGAAAGAGCACGACGCGUGAAAUGCGACGAGGCCAAGCCUGCCUGCAAAAGGUGCACCACAACGGGCAGACGCUGUGAUGGGUACAAUUUACCCAAACCUUUGCUCUUCGAAAUCAGCGAGGACAAAGAUGAACGAUGGAGUUUUCACUAUUACCGCGACCGCACAGCCUCGCAAAUCAGCAGUGUUGCUGCCGAUGGCUUCUGGAGUCGCUUAGUAAUUCAAGCUGGCUACUCACGAGAUAUCGUCCGGCAUGCCUUGGUUGCCAUCGGAUCGUAUCACGAAGGCGUGGAUCACUUGGAUGAGUGUCGACGGUCCGAUAAACACAAGUUUGCAUUGCAACAGUACAAUAAGUCCAUUAACGGUAUCCUAAGGUCCACCGCUGAGUCUGAUAUUGAGGAGAUCCUUCUUUCUAUCAUUCUCUUCUCUUUCUUUGAGAAUGUACGUGGCGAGUGGGCUUCCGCACUGGCUCAUCUUCAAGCUGGCCUACGGAUAUUGUCAAACUGGAAGGCCGCUCAUCCUCCUCACCUUGGUGUCAAUGAAACAUCGAUCAGACUGGAAGAACGUAUUGUACCUGUGCUGAGCCAGUUACAAGUUUUCGCUACAAGCCUAUUGCAAAUGAUUCCCUCUAAAAAGAGUCGUUACUCAACCUAUAUGCCUGACCGGUUUGGUGACCUCCGGACUGCCCGCUACUAUUUCUAUAAUGUACUUCAUGCCGUCUGCGCAAAGCUGCAAUCGAACCACGACGAAUUCCCAUGGCCCAAAUCCGACGACGAGACCCUUGCCCAGGGGAGACGCUUGCUAUAUCGGUGGUAUGGCAUUUUCCAGGAAUUUCUCACUCGCGCAGAUCGGUCGUGUUCCUGUUUCACGCCAGGAUCAACUGCACACUUUGACCUGGGACUAUAUCACAUGCAAAUGCAAUAUUGGGCGGCGAUAGUCCGAUUAGAAUGCAAGCCCUUCAGAGCUGAGACGUCAUUCGACGAGCACAAUGAUAAGUUCCAGAUUCUCGUUGAUAUUGGCAGUCAGUUUUGCAAUCUGUACAUGGACCAGACAUUAACCGAUACGUUGGCCAACUGCGUUGGCUUCGACGCACACUACAUCGCUGUCAUCGGUAUGGUCGCUUUACGCUGUCGUGACCCGCGCAUAAGAAGAGAAGCCAUUGCUCUAAUUCGGCGAUGGGAGCGCACUGAAGGGAAGUGGGAAACCAUGGCAGCUGCAGAAGUCUCGGAAAGUAUCAUGACUCUUGAGGAGGCUGGCGCGAAUGUUCCUGAAGUCAAGAGCUGUCAUGAGAUUCCGAACACAGCACGCCUACAUCUUUUGGGUUGCAAUCCUUUCAAAUGGAAUGAAGAGACCCAAAAGUUCGAAAUGACAUAUGAAGUUGACGGCGCCGAUUUGAUAAAAUACCGAGUUCUCCGAUCCGGGAUUGACCCAUCCGAACAGGAGAUCGAAACACACUGGAUCGACAGGCGGACGAAACCAGGUUCCCCGCCGCUACACACGCUGGCACUACCACAUGAUGUGUCUGGCUUCUUUCCACAAACGAUUGACGGAUCUGCCAUUGAGUCCAAGCUGUGGUCGACCCUAGGAAGCAAGAAGGUGGCUAUGUUUCUCGAGCGCGCGAGCAGCAGCCACAUCUGUCAGUGCCAGAAGUGCGCCGUCAAAGAAGAGUUGCUAACCACUCCCGACUCUCCAGUUGUGACUCCAGUGAAGAAGCUGGAUGGUGAGGAUCAGAUCACCGGCGCGGGGGAACCUUCGUACAUCACCAUGGAUCCUGAACAUCUUCCCCUGUCGUCGCCGCAGACGGAAUCUACUCUGUGCGGGUGA